AUGGCCGCCUCCUCCUCCUCCUCCCGCGGGGCCGGCGGCGGCGACGACGACAACGAGCCCUACCUCGUGGGAUUCGUCGUCUCCAAGAUCGUUGGCCUCAAGCACUACAGCGGCACCCUCAGCGGCGGCGAGAGGCCCUCCCUCAUCCGCGAGCCCCUCAACCGCUACGACAGCAACGCCAUCGCCGUCCACAACAGCCGCGGCCGCCAGGUCGGCCACAUCGAGGGCCGCACCGCCAAGGUCCUCGCCCCGCUCCUCGACUCCCUCCUCGUCGCCAACACCCACGUCCUCGUGCCCGGGAGCCGGUCCUCCAAGGCCGGCAACAAUUUCUACAACCUCCCCUGCCAGAUCCACCUCUUCGCCCGCCCCGCCGCCGCCGCCAUCGUCCGCGAGGCCGUCGACGAGAGCGGCCUCGUCCUCAUCGACCCGAACCACAUCGAGUUCGCCCUGUCCCAGUCCGCCAUCGUGCAAGAGCAGACCAAGAAAUCCGACCGGGAUGUCGAUAAGCUGUUCGCGCGUGUGGGGAAGCAAGGGGAGAGCCGGAUUGAGCCUAUGGAGCCUCCAGAGGAUGUCGUGGUGUCAGACCUGUUCGAGCACCAGAAGGUAGCCUUGGGAUGGCUGGUGCACAGGGAGGAGUCCGGUGACCUGCCGCCAUUCUGGAAGGAAGAUAAAAAUGGGGGCUACGAGAAUGUGCUUACCAGCCAGAAUGCCAAGCAGAGGCCGCCACCACUGAGAGGCGGGAUUUUCGCCGAUGAUAUGGGGCUUGGCAAGACGCUCACGCUGUUGUCAUUGAUUGCGCGAAGUAAAGCUCGCAAUGUCGGAGGGGGGAAGGCCAAAGGGACCAAAAGGAGGAAGAUCGAUGAUGCGGAGGAGGGAUCGAGGACGACACUUGUGGUGUGCCCGCCCUCGGUGUUCUCGUCUUGGGUGACACAACUGGAGGAGCAUACGAAUGCAGGCAGCUUGAAGGUGUAUAUGUACCAUGGGCAGAGAACAAAAGAUAAGAAGGUGCUGUUGAAGUAUGACAUUGUGAUUACCACUUACAGCGUCUUGGGCACAGAAUUUGGCCAGGAGGGCUCACCUGUGAACGAUAUCGAGUGGUUCCGGGUGAUUCUGGAUGAGGCCCAUAUUAUCAAGAACUCUGCAGCUCUGCAGACCAAGGCGGUGACUGCUUUGAAUGCACAGAGGCGGUGGGUAGUCACAGGGACGCCAAUUCAGAACAGCUCCUUGGAUUUGUUCCCGCUUAUGGCUUUUUUGAAGUUUGAGCCUUUCUCAGUCAAGAGCUACUGGCAGAGCUUAAUCCAGCGUCCCCUGGAGAAAGGGGAUAAGGCUGGAUUGUCACGAUUACAAAACCUGCUAGGUGCUAUCUCAUUGCGCAGAACCAAAGAAACAGAGUGUGGAAGCAAGAGUGUGAUAGGCAUUCCACCUAAAACUGUUGUAGUGUGUUCCAUUGAGCUUUCUGCAGAGGAACGGGAGUGUUAUGAUCAGAUGGAAUCGGAAGGGAGAAACAAAAUGAUGGAGUUUGGUGACAGAGAUUCAAUAUUGCGUAAUUACUCAACCGUGCUUUUUUUGAUUCUGAGGCUACGCCAGCUCUGCAAUGAUGUAGCACUGUGCCCUUUCGACAUUAAAUCCUGGCUUCCUGCCAACACCCUUGAAGAUGUGUCUAAGAACCCCGAAUUGUUGAAGAAGCUUGCCUCAUUGGUUGCUGAUGGAGAGGACUUUGACUGUCCAAUUUGCUUGUCUCCUCCAUCUACAACUGUUAUAACAAGCUGCACUCACAUAUAUUGCCAAACCUGCAUCCUAAAAAUCCUCAAGAGCGCCAGUUCCCGUUGUCCAAUAUGUCGGCGCUCCCUAUCGAAAGACGACCUCUUUAUUGCUCCGGCGGUACAACAUCCUGAUGACGAUGAAUCGGGCAGUCUUGAGUCUGACAAACCUCUCUCUUCCAAGGUGCAAGCCCUGCUGGAGCUACUGAAGCGGUCACAAAAGGAAGACCCUUCAUCAAAGUCUGUCGUGUUUUCCCAGUUCCAGAAGAUGUUGAUUCUGCUCGAAGGACCACUGAAAAGAGCAGGCUUCAAAAUACUACGUCUUGACGGCACCAUGAGCGUGAAGAAGAGGUCAGAUGUUAUAAAGGAGUUUGCGGCCGUCGGCCCCGAUGCCCCAACCGUACUGCUGGCUGGCCUGAAGGCUGCAGGAGCUGGCGUGAACCUAACAGCGGCGUCGACAGUGUACCUGUUCGACCCCUGGUGGAACCCUGGGACGGAGGAGCAGGCCAUGGACCGGGUGCACCGGAUUGGGCAGAAGAAAGCGGUGAAGGUGGUGCGGCUCAUCGUGAAGAACAGCAUCGAGGAGAGGGUCCUGGAGCUGCAGGAGAGGAAGAAGCGGCUGAUCAGCGGCGCGUUCAGGAAGAAAGUAGGAGGCAAGGAGGAAAAGGAGCUGCGCCUUGAGGAGCUGCGCAUUAUGCUAGGUUUUGGGCCAUAG